CAAAAAUGACAUUGUUAAAUUACCACUUCUGUAACAUUGAGGUCGAUCGAGCUUUAAUUGUUAUUUCACACAUUUCCGAACUUGUGGAAAUAUUCGGAUUUCUUUUCCGCGAUUAUAAUUUAUAAAUAUAAGAUCAAAUACUAAGAAAAUAAUUCAUAAAGUCAUGAAGUGCACAAAUUGCCAGAUUGAUAAAUUAUCUAAAGAAUUUCCAGCCGAUAUUAUUGGAAGGAAGUGCUCUCACAUUCCUAGUUUUUGUCUAAAGUGUUUAAUAAAUUACUUUGAUGUUCAAAAAGCAGAUCAAACUCCGCAAAAAUGUCCUGAAUGUGAAGUAAUUAUUUCAAAACAAGAAGUUAAAGAUUUAAAUUUAGCAUGGGAAAAAGCAUUAUUUCGAAUUAAUCUUACGAAAAAUAAAAAUAAUCUGAAUCAAAAUGGUGAAAUCAAUACUGCAAAAGGAAAUAUUUAUGUGAUUUUAUUGAAUGGUACAAAAUUAAAUUUUAAAUUGGAAGAUCUUAAUACUGUUGCGGAUUUAAAAGAAGCUAUAGAAAAACAAACUAAAGUUAGAUUUAAUAAACAAAAAUUAAGCUAUAAGGGCGUUGAAUUACAAACUUUUUCAGAUGAAGGAACUAAAAACAAAUUAUCUGAAUAUUCAAUAGUUCCUGAAAGUCAUAUCCAACUUAUGGUUUUAUUAUAUUCUAUUUCAAAAGAAUUAUCUAUUAAUGCAUUAACUUUUGAUUUAUUCUGGGGAUAUCCGUCAACCGGAAGAGAUUUUUUAGAUGGUACUUGUAUGCUUUAUGCAGGAAAUCAACUUUACCGUACUUUUGAUUGGUCUAAAAAGAAUUUUAAUGAUGUUCCUAAUGUUUCACAUUCCGGUGAUAUUAUGGACCAUGUCAAUAAAAGAGGACAUCAUUGUAUUACGGCAAAUUUAGCAUUGAUGCCAAGUGAAAUAACAAGAUUAUAUUUUAUUUUAAGUGCAUAUAAUUCACCAAAUAUUGGAUGUUUUCCAAAUCCUUCAUUUAAAAUGUAUGAUCCUUCAGAUCCUGAUGUACAAUUAUGUUCUUACACUAUUCAAUCUGCUGCUGAUUCACAAGCAGUUAUAAUGUGUGUAGUUGAAAGAAAUGAGAAAGAUGAAAAAGGUAAUUGGAAUAUAUUUGAAAUUGGUAGACUAUCUGAUGGUAAUGCAAAGUAUUAUCAACCAAUUAUGGAAACUAUUAGUAAUAUUAAUGAAUUCUAAGAGGUUUUACUACUAUAUUAUUAUUUUUUUUUUGAUUUUAUAAUUUUAGUAAAUAUUUUAAUUGUAUAUUUUUUUAAUUUUAAAUAAAAAAACACUUUAAAUAU